GCAACACCAACUGCCUUUGGACAGUUGGUUCAGUGCCCUUACAGUUCAGCCAUGAACAUGUUGGCACGACUCAGGAGCCUAUUGGGUAGAGAGAGUGGAGAGGGAAGAGAGACCAGAGAGAGGCAGACACAUCAGGCUCCAUGUAAAAGAUCAAGAAAGAAAUGGUCCAGAAGAUGGUACAGGGCCUCCAAGGAGCCACCCCCCACUCCAACCAGCCUCACAAAGAGGCAAGUGAAGCAGAAGGUGGAGAGCCUGACCACUCAGCUCCAGGAGAUGACCGCCCAACGGAAUGAUCUGAGAGAUCGGCUCAUCUUAGUAACCGAAGGAUCCUUGGACAACAGGCCCUACCACAGGCCAAAUCCUUUCUAUGAACGUCUCAAGAUGCAACAUCAGCAAGUCAUGUCAGCCCUGCAGAAUUUCGAGAAUGAGAAUAUGGAGGCCUCACAGAAGCUCAGUGAGCUGACCAAGGAGAAAGUCUUCCUUUGUGAUCUGGAGAGCCGGCUCCUGAUGGAGCAGAGUCAGCAGAUGAAGAAGUUGGACAUGCUGAGGCUAGAGAAGGAGAAAUUACUGGAGGAAUGGGUCCUGCUGAAGCACCACUUGGGUGAAUUGAAAGUGCUCUGUAAGGACCAAGAAGAGACCAGUGACCUCCAGAACCAGCAACAGCAGGAGCAGCAAAGAAUGGAGGAGAGACUCCAGAGCUUGCUGAAGCAGAGGGAGCUGGUCACACAGCAAAUACACUUGGCAAAAAAGCUGCAGCAUCAUUUGACUGUCUCCCAGAUGAGGUCAGAAAAUCUCCAACAUGAGCUAGAACAAUCCACAGCUCAGGAUGAGAGCCUCCUGCCGACAGAGCUGCUGCAGCAGGAGCACUAAGUGUCAUAAGCAACACCCUUUAUGAGAACUGAGGAGGCUGAAGGAAUCCAUAGUCUACCCCUGACAUUCUCCACUCUAUGAUCAAGGCCUCCUCAGAGGAAGACAUGUACUACUAGUUGUCAAAUCACCAGUGAGGCAAAUAUCAUCUGCCAUGAAGGUCAUCCAUCCAUAAUCUGAUCCAUGUUCCUGUUGAUUCACUAGUUAUAGAGUAAAGAAAUCAUCAAGAAGAUUAUUGAGUUUCAAAAUAAAACCAAGAAUUAUGCAGAAAAAGCUGACAUCUACCAGCAAGUGUUCCCUGUGGGAGCCACAACAACAUGGAAAGAGAAUAUGUUUCUGCUCGUAGUUACACUCUGAAAGUUUAUUGCUACAAACUAUUGUGAGCUGACUGAGUCCUCAGCCCUUCAUAUGUGGAGGGAGAUAUGUCAACAGAGACUGUGUUGCUGUCAUACUGCUAUCCAGACAGACCACACAAAGGAAGCAUCAUAUUCUCACUCCAGUCCAGUGCGGGAACUACUCAAUUUCAUGCACAUGUGAUGGUGAAGUGAAUUGUUCUGAGAAAUGAUUUAAGAAGGAUGCCACCAUGAGCUUUUAUGUCUUGAAUAGCAGAUGCUCCCCAUGUUCUUUUUUGUCUUGAAUCGGCACACAGACACAUUUUAGCUGACAGAAUCAUAUAGUGGCCAACAUAGCAUAAGACCAAGUUUGUCAACGGCCUAACCUAAGAGCCCCAAAGUGGCAUGACUACACUUGUCUUGAAGAGGUUAUUUCAAUUCAGGGUUGUCUUCCAACUUGUGUCUAAAGCCAGCCACAGGGUGUAGGACAGUGCACUAAAUCUGCACGAUGAGAAUGCUUCUUAGUGUAAAUAGUUUUGGUUUGUUUUUGCGUUUGCAUGAAUUUAGGUUUUGUUGUUCUUUGUUUUGUUUUGCUGGUUUGUUACUGUUUGGUUCUUUUGUUCUUUCUUUGAUUUUAUAUAUUGCUAAGGCUGUACACUGGAUAUACCAAGUGCCCCUUUAAGCCCCUAUUCAGUCAAAUUUCUGU